UUUUCUCCCAUUUUAAAACAGCCUAACUUCUCCUCUCUUGGAUCCACCUUCCUUGUUAUGCCAUCUCCCUUUAUUUUCUCCAUUCCACAUUGUUUUGAAGCUCGUUCUACUCUUUUUUGGAAGACAACAUGGCAAAUUCUGCAUCUGGAAUGGCAGUCCAUGAUGAAUGCAAACUGAAAUUCUUGGAAUUAAAAACAAAAAGAAACUAUCGUUACAUAGUAUUCAAGAUUGAGAAUCAACAAGUUAUUGUGGAGAAACUUGGGGAUCCUCAAGACAGUUAUGAUGAUUUCACUGCCUCUCUGCCUACAAAUGAAUGUCGUUAUGCUGUCUAUGAUUUCGACUUCACUACUAAUGAGAAUUGCCAGAAAAGCAAGAUUUUCUUCGUUGCUUGGUCACCAGAAACCUCUAAAAUCAGAAUGAAAAUGGUGUAUGCAAGUACAAAGGACAGGUUUAAGAGGGAAUUGGAUGGAAUUCAAGUUGAACUGCAAGCAACUGAUCCCAGUGAAAUGAGCAUUGAUAUUGUAAAAGAGCGUGCACACUAAAAGCUUGUUUGUCGUAGUUGAAAUGCCACAACAGUAUUUAAAAACAUGAUUCUUUUACUAGUAAGAAUUGUCUUAUCAAUGAAAGAAGAUCAAAUUUUUAGUCAAUUUUGAUGAAAAAGCUACUUCUCUUGUAUAAAGAAGCAGAGCUAAACGUGCUCACAGUAUCGUAGUUCUUUU